AUGAAGUUUGAAAAUCUCCUUGCUGAAAUUGACGGCUUUGGGAGGUAUCAGUUUCUGAUUGUCCUCCUUCUGGUAAUCCCUCGGAGCACGCUUCCCUGCCACUUCCUCCUGAAUAACUUCAUCGCAGCCGUGCCUGCACACCGCUGUGACAUCAGCGGUCUGGAUAAUGGAGGCAUAUUUGAGAAUCUGACCCAGGAUCAGAGGCUGAAAGUCAGCAUCCCAGCAGAGGAAGAUGGGACCCUGAGUUCCUGCAAGAUGUUUGCAGAACCUCAGCUCCAUCUCCUGCACAACUCCUCAAGCCCUGCUGAUGUGUCUGUAGUACCGUGUCAGAAUGGAUGGGUGUAUGACACCAGCACCUUCACUUCAACUUUGGCAACUGAGUGGGACCUAGUCUGCGACAGGAAAGGCAUGAACAAAGCCACAGCCACCAUCUUCUUCAUUGGAGUGAUGAUUGGAGCUGCAAUAUUUGGCAGCCUCAGUGAUAAAUUUGGCCGGAAGCCUAUGUUGCUUGUGUCCUAUCUGUCAGCAAUGGCGUUUGGAUUUGCCAGUGCUUUCUCAAAAUCCUACGUAAUGUUUGCCGUCAUGAGAUUUUUCACCGGACUAGGAAUCACUGGGAUAAGUAUCAUUUCAAUGGUUCUCAGUGUGGAGUGGGUUGACAUUGAGCACCGGACGUUUAUUGGUGUGAGUGUCAGCAUGGACUGGGCAUUUGCUAGCAUGAUGCUGUCAGGCAUUGCCUAUGCAGUGAACGACUGGAGAUGGCUGGUUGUUACUGUCACAUCUCCUCUGUUUUUGGCUAUAAUCACUUGGUGGUGGGUCCCAGAAUCUGCACGGUGGCUGAUAGCCAAUGGAAAGGUGGAAAAGGCACACAUGUACCUGGAGAAGUGUGCAAAGAUUAAUAAUAGAAAGAACUUUGUAACUGAUAUCAAGCCAGAGUCUCUUUCCACUGUAGUGGAAGUGGAUAGUGGAAGCAAGAGCUACUCCUAUCUGGAUUUAGUGAGAACACCAAGAAUGAGGAAACUGGCUUUACUCACUGGUACAGUAUGGUAUGGAGUUGCCUUGACAUAUUAUGGGAUCAGCUUGAAUAUCACAGGAUUUGGUCUGAAUAUCUACCUAACCCAGUUCAUUUAUGGCGCAAUCGAAAUCCCUGCCAAAAUAUUAAUUUAUUACAGUCUGGAUAGAGUAGGCAGGCGAUACAGCCAAGCAGGCACACUGGUUUUGACUGGAGUCUGCAUUGCAAUCAACAUCAUUAUUCCCAAAGAUUUGUGGCUGUGUCGCACCAUUGUCGCAGUGCUUGGGAAAGGUUUUUCAGAGGCUGCCUUUACCACAGUCUACCUUUACACGGCAGAACUCUACCCCACUGUUCUAAGACAAAAUGGACUCGGGUACAGUUCUUUUAUGGCACGACUAGGGGUGUCUAUUGCUCCACUGAUCAUACUACUUGAGGAUGUGUGGAUGCAUCUUCCUCAGGUCAUAUUCUGUGCAGUGGCCAUUUUCUCUGGGCUAGUCGCCUGGCUGCUCCCAGAGACUCACAAUGUUCGUCUGCCAGAGACCAUCGAGGAUAUUGAGCAAACGAGGAAAAGGUCUAUUUGCAUGCUCACCAAAAGCACUGACUCUCCUUUCAAGCCAUGCAGUGAAACCUAA